AUGGCCGGCCUUCCGUACUCGGUUCCCUCAAACUACAUCAUCCGCCUCGUCGAGACGGACCCAGUCUCGGCCGCCCUCGGCCACCCAGAACACCCGGUGCAGCCACACCCGUCGCAGCCGUCGCACUUCCAGUUCCCGCGCACGUCGCUGCACCACGCGACGCUGCAGUCGCACUUCAAGGGACCGCACGCGCCCAGCAGCGUGUCGGCGCCCAAGUCAGGCACCGCCUUCGCCCCGGCCACGGAUAUCCGCGAGACCGUGCGCGCGUACCACAUUGAGAUCGAGGUUCCCGGCGUCACCGAGGAGAACAAGAGCGACUUGGUGAUUACGUGGAUGAGCCCGCACACAUUGCUGGUGCAGGGCGUGGCCAGCCGGCCCAGAAACAUCGGACUGCUGGACCAAGGAGAAGGAAAGAAGGUGUGGGAGGGCGAGGGCGAUGGAUGGGCCACCGAGACCGGCCACGGCAAGCGCGAAAAGUCGCACGAGACGCUCGACGAGGAGGCAUUGGCGGACGUGACGCCCACGAUCCUGCUGUCGGAGCGGCGCGUGGGCGCGUGGCGCCGCACCUUCACCCUGCCCGAGGACGUCGAGAUGAAGGAGCUCAAGGCCCGGCUCGACGGCGGCCUGCUGCGCAUCGACCUGCCCAAGCGGAGUCUGGAGGACAUGGAGGCCCUGAAAGGUGCGGGCGUGAGGAUUGAGAUUGAGUAA